CCCCGCCGGCUUGCCGUCCGUUGCCCCCUUACGUCACUGCACGGUGAAAGAACCAGUCGGUGGUUGGGAGCCGGUGAGGCAGGAUCCGUCGUAGGCCAUGGAGGCUGACGCGGGCGGGUCGGACGCCUUCGAUACCAUCAUCAUGGCGGAGACGAGAUUUCAUGGUGAAGGCUAUCAGGAAGGAUAUGCUGAAGGAACACGUGCCGGACUCCUUGAAGGAAGGCAAUAUGGCAUACAACAAGGUGCAAAGAUUGGUUUAGAAAUUGGAUCAUAUCUUGGUUUUGCAAUGACAUGGCAGAAAUUGCUUCAUAAAGGCUCUGAUGAGAAAAACAGUAAAAAGAUAAAAGCUCUAGAGUCAUUAAUAGAGAUGAUUCGGAUAUUUCCUUGUGAGGAUCCAGCCUAUGAAAAACUUCAGGAAGACCUGGAGAAAAUCAGAGGACGGUUUAAACAGGUUCGUUCAUUGCUGCAUAUUCCUUCUAGUGUUAGACUUGGUGCUGAAGGAUCUGCACUUACAUUCUGAAAAGGACCACAAAUGGAGAAAAGAACUCCCAUCAGGCUACUAAAGAAGUGGUGAAAUCUUGAGUAGAGAAAAUGAGGCUAGAAAUUAAUAUUGGAAAUUGGACUACAACACAGUGGCUUGUUAAUAUACUGGUGUCAUUUUAUUGAGUAGGUAACUCUGAAAUGACUUCAGAUACUUUGAUCUGGGUCUUGUAAACACUUUCAAAAUUUCAUUUGUAAACCUGACAUUCUCCUGGCAAUGUGUGUAAAGAUAUAUUGCACUAUAUUAGUGCAAGAAAUGCAGCAACCUAAUCUGUAAAACAGAUGUUAUCCGUAUAUGUAGUUGUGUCCCCGUCCCCCGCAUGCUGUGCAGUCUCAGCUGAUAUUACUAUAGUGAUAUAGUUCACAGAUGAAAGCAUACUUUUUAAUAGAUAUCUGACCUGCUGGCCUUCAAAGAAUGUUUUAUUCCAAAACACCACUUUUCCUUUGAAAUAUCUCACACACUGAGAUAAGAAAUAUCUUCAGUACUGAGAUGUGGAAAUGACUUAGCCUGGCUUUAAUACAUUUUCUAGAAAAUACAAUUAGACUCUCAUCAAAAUAAGGAAACAGAAGUGGGAGCCUUUGCAGAACAUUUCAAGUGCCUUUAUGGGCCAGUACGCACACCCCUGCCCUGGCUGCGGUUCUUUAAGCUUUUUAAAGGAUCCAUUUGGGAAGGGAACAAAUUGGCCCAGUGUACCCCUUUUCCUCCUACCUGUGUCCUUAACUGGUUGCAGUUAAGGGUAAGUAAAGUAAGUACCAGUUUAACUCUCGGCUCUGGCUAGGAAAAUCUAUUUCUUCACUCUGUUCUUUGUUGCCACAUUACUUGACAACAUGAGACCAGCAGUUAAAGGAAGUUGGGUGGUUUGCUUUCAAAAGCCAGUGUUUCCUUGCAGUUUUUGGGAUUCCCACUGACAGUGUUGUCUCUUUCUGCCCUACCCAUUUUUAAUCUCAGCAUCUCUGCACUUGGAAUAUUCACUUUUUAAAUGGAGGGGGUGAUAUUCCUGGUGCCUAUGAACAUGAUUAUGUAAUAACUAGCUCAGUUUAGGUGUGAUUCCCCCC